AUGUCUGAAGCUGCUACCGACCGAGACGCCCAGGUUGCGCAGCUCGCUAGCUUGACUGGUCUGGACGCUGCUACGGCAGAACGCUACCUAAACGCUGCCAACGGAGACCUCACUCUUGCAGCCUCGCUAUUCUUCGACCAAACCGCCGAACAACAAGAAGCCGAUUCCGAGCCCGACGUCGACAUGGCCGGUGACGACGAUUCCACGAACAACCCCAGCCAGAACCCGCCUCCUACCUCGGGUGGCGGACGUACGCUCGGGGGUGAUUAUGUUCCCUCUUCUACACCGGCAGCUUCAUCUUCUUCUUCAUCGCAGCGACCUGCUGGCCGCGGACAGCCGGGACAGCGGGGUGUGGCGGGCGCGAGGACCUUGAGGGACUUGCAGUCAUCUGGUGGCGGCCCCGGACAUGCUCACGAUGAUGACGAUGACGACCAUAGCCCUGAGGACGACAGCCAGGACUUCUUUGCCGGUGGUGAGAAGUCUGGCCUCGCUGUGCAAAACCCUAACCAGUCGAACCCACGCGAUCAGAUCAACAACAUCCUGAAGAGGGCGCGACAAAAUGCUCCUCGGCCAGGUGGUGACGACGAGCAGCCAGCCAGCUCGCACUUCCGUGGUGCAGGCACAACGCUGGGUGGCGACGAUGCUCCCUCGCGUAUCAUCCCAGACCCCAACGCGAACAUGCCUGCACCGCCCCCGCGUGCCCACCGCGAACUCCACCUUUGGCGCGAUGGCUUCUCUGUCGACGACGGCGACCUGUUUCGCUACGAUGACCCGGCAAACGCACGCACUCUGGAGAUGAUCAACACCGGUCACGCCCCGCUGCAUAUCCUGAAUGUAGAGCACGGACAAGAGGUGGAUGUCGAGGUACACGCGCACAAGGACGAGGACUACAAGAAGCCAAAGAAGAAGUACGUUCCCUUCUCAGGCAGUGGAAACCGGCUGGGUAGCCCCACACCUGGCUCGAGUUCAACGGCUGCUACCACGCCGGCUGCAGGCUCUAGUAGUACAGGAGCCUCGACGUCCGGGGGCUCUGCGCAACCUAGCGUCGAGGUAGACUCGUCGAUACCUACACUCACACUACAGGUCCGUCUUGGGGACGGUACACGAUUGACAUCGCGGUUCAACACUACACACACUAUUGGCGACGUCUAUGACUUUGUGACCAGGGCCAGCACGGCUAGUCAAGGCCGGGAAUGGGCGCUCAUGACGACAUUUCCCAGUAAGGAACUGACGGACAAGGGCCAGGUGCUGGGUGACAUUGUAGAGUUCAAGCGCGGAGGGGUUGUUGUGCAGAAGUGGAAGUGA